AUGGGUCUUCUCCCAUUACUUGAUGCAUCCGAUGUACUAGUCCUACAUUGUCCAUUAUGUUAUUUCCACACACAUUGGUUAAAUCAUCUAGAAAUUCACUUCAAUCACGAGCAUUCAAAUGAAAAUGUGGAUUUUAUGUUAUAUCAAUGCUCCAAGUGUCGAAAAAUUGCUUCAUGUAAAACAUUCCUCUAUGAACAUAUUGAUAUUUGUCACAAAAGAUCUGGUAAGUCUACCAUCCAAUCGUCUAGAACUCAGUCACCAAAUAAUACACUAUCAGAUCAUGAAAGUUUUAAUAUUCAACAGCAAAAUUCACAAACCAUUGAACAGUGUAACAAUAACCAUAAUGCAUCAAUAGAUAUUAUUGGUCCUAAUGGGAUUAUUAAUAAUAAUAGUUGUUUAACUACUAAUCCGAGUCAUGAUGAAAAACAAAUUACCGAGGAUAUUAACAGUGAUGAAAGUGAGACCGUCAAUAAAAGUGAUGUUAGUGAUAAUAAUAAUGAUGAUAAUAAUAUUAAUAAUGCUAACAAGAGUGACACUGAUGAGUUUACUAACCACAAUACUCCUAUUAUUAGUGAUAGUAAUGAAAAUAAUGAGAAAGAAGAACCAGUCCCUAAUGAUACUAAAAAUCAAUCUCCAUAUAUUAAAAUUUUAUUUGUAGGCCAGUUAUGUGGUAGUAAUUCAGCAUUGUCACCAUCAACCCUAUCCACGACUGGUACAAUAUCAGCAAGUACCAUCACCCCUACCGCUGCCACAACAACACUUCUACCAUCAACAUCUUUAUGUGAAACAUUUACAAAAUCCAAACAUAAUUCAUUACAUCACUCACAAAAAUUGCAUAAUUAUCACUAUUUGAGUUCAAUUAAACAUCAAUGUUUAUUUUGUGAUUACACUAGUUCGGAUUCUACUAAAUUAGCUGAACAUUAUGUACAACAUGGAAUAAGACAGUUACAAUUACCAAAUACCGUGCAUAAAUUUAAAAAAUUACAUAGGAUUCAAGCAAAAUCUGAUGAUAAUAAUAAUAAUAAUAUAUCAACGAAUCCUUUAACAGUUAUGGACGAAUUGACUAAAUUUGCAACAAAUGAACAUGAUGGAUGUUGUCUACCAACUGCUUUACUAACACCUGUUAUAACACCACCAAAUUCAUUGAAUAAAAAAUCAAUAAUCUUUGGCAAUAACUGUUCAUCCCAUGAUGAUAGUGAGAAUUUUGAGGAUGAUGAAAAUGAAGGAAAAAAAGACGAAGAGAAAAAGGACAUAUGCCUAGAAUCUUCGUGUUGUUCAUCUUUAUACUGUACAUCUAGUCCUCCUCCACAGCUUGAAAUCAAUCCUUCCACUUCAAUGAAUAUGAUAAAAACAACAGCAACUACAUCCACUACUAUUUGUAAACAUGAAUACGAUAAUAAACCGCAUCGUGUAAUACGUCGAAGUCGUAAACGUCAUUCUAGUUGUGAAUUAUCACUGUUAAAUGCAGAGCAUAAACGUUGUCAUUAUGAAGAUGAUUCAAUUGACAAAUGGAAUUAUUCCUAUCCAUAUGUCAAUUCAAAUUGUUCGCCAUGUUACAAAAAUCAUCUUGUGAAUAGUCAACAAGUUAUGGUAUCUUCUUCAUCAUUAUCUCAUUCUUCUUGUAUUCCUAUGCUAAAUAGUAAUACUAAUACUACUCUCACUGCACCUAGUAACAGUAAGUCAGUAAAGUUAUCGAAUUUCUAUCGUGACUGUCAGCAUCAACAGACACAGAAAUCUAUUAAUUCUGAAGUUGAUAAUGAUUCGGCUUGUCAUCUGGUACGACUACUACAAUUAAUGACAAUCCACAAAUCUAUUCACCAUUGUCCAAUACACCGUUACCAAUGA